UUUGGGGAAAUGACGCCUGAACCCAGCAUGCGCUCGGUGCUGGCAGCCGGGCCUGUGUUUGACGCUGGCAGCCGGGAUUGUGUUUGACGCUGGAACCCCAAUCUAUGACAUCUGCUCGUCUUUGGCAGCGGGAGUUUUGCCGCCAUGGAAGGGGGCGAUAGGUCAGGAAUAUUGCCCGGGGCAGGCUCAAGGGGCGCCAUUGAGGACGGGUCCUUGGACGCUCGUUGGUGGCUCGGGUCUCAUUCGUCUGCACUUGCCCGAUGUGUUUCGAAUUGCGGAAGUCACGUUUCGGGCUCUCGCCUCAGGAGAAAACCAGGCCGAGUCUGGUGGCUCUGGGGCAGGGGGCGUUUUCGAUCCACCGAGCUGAAUUCUCUUUUGAAGAGGUUUGGAGACACGCAUUAUCAUCUUGCCCAAGCUCAGCUUCACACAUCUUGCCCAUGCUCAGCUUCAUACAUCUUGCAUGCUCAGCUUCAUACAUCUUGCCCAUGCUCAGCUGUUGAAAGUGAAGGUCCAAGGGUCAUCUUCCACACAAGAUUGAUUGUCAAAAAGCACAAGCACCAUGGAAGAAUAGCUGGUGAGGAACAGACCCGUGACACGUGAUUCCCCCGGACACCCGCUCAAUCGGGUGCUUCACUAUUAGCAUCCAG